GAGACAUCAGAAGCAGAGAAGGGAAGUACAGAGAACACCAAGAUUGCAAUCCAUGUUGUUCUAAGCCAGAGAGGCCAGUGUCUGGUCAGUGUCUCCCAUGCUGACCUCUGAUGUCUGGGGAGUGGUGUCAGUAGAGACUGAGCUGCAUCCUUUCUUUGAACAGAUGGUGAGGAAAAACGACUUCAAGGUAAAGCAACUUGAAUCCCAGCGUUCUUCCAGGAUCUUGAAUGCUCAUUCCUGGUUUCUGGAGAUGCUGUUACAUAGACUGAGGGCCAUCAAAUCCAAGGAGGAGGACCAGCUUGCCAGCAUCCUGGGUGCAGUGGGGGAGUUCGGCACAUUCCAGCGGAGGCUGGUGGCCCUCACCUUCAUCCCCAACAUCCUGUCGGCCUUCUUCACGUUUGCUGACUCCUUAGUGUUCACAGCCCAGAAGGCCUAUUGCAACACCAGCUGGAUCCUAGCAAUGUACCCCAACUUGUCAGAGGCUGAGCAGCUGAAUCUGACCCUUCCCCGAGAAUCCAACGGCAGCUUCCUGACAUGUCUCAUGUACUCACCUGUGGACUGGAAUCUAGAUUCCAUCAUCCAGUUUGGCCUCAACCACACAGAGAUGUGCCGGGACGGGUGGAUCUAUCCUGAGUCCAAGAAGCGACUGCUGACAGAUGAGUUCGACCUGGUGUGUGGCAAGGAGUUUGACUGGGAACUGGUGAUGACCGUGUACAUGGCGGGCUUCCUGAUAGGAUCUGUUACCUUCGGGUUCUUGUGUGACAGGCUGGGCCGCUACCCCACCAUCCUACUGUCGCUGCUGGGGCUGAUCGUCUUCGGCUUCGGAACAGCCUUCGUGAACAGCAUGGAAGUCUACCUGUUCUUCCGCUUCAGUGUCUCCCAGGCGGCCUUCUCCGCGAGAGGCGUGUGGUCGGGCCGGAGGUGGUUCACCGAGUGGCUAGUGGGUGAGCACCGGGCCCGCGCUACCGUCCUCUCCCACUGCUAUUUCACCGCCGGGACCCUGUUACUGUCGGGGCUUGCCUACAGCCUCCCCCACUGGCGGCUGCUGUUUCUGGUGGGCGGGGCUCCUGUGUUCGCAGUCAUCCCCUACAUCUGGAUUCUCCCGGAGUCGCCACGGUGGCUGAUGGUGAGAGGGAAGACGGAAGAGGCCAAACAGCUACUGUGCCGAGCGGCCUCCGUGAAUAAGAAGGUCGUUCCUUUAAAUCUGCUGGACAAGAUGCACCUGUCUGGAAAGAAAACGAAUAAGACCCCCGUGCUGGCCUUCUUCAGCAACAGGCACCUCCGCAAGGUGGUCGUGGUGAUGGGCUGCCUGUGGUUCUCCGUCGGUUACACCUAUUUAACACUGAGCUUCAAGAUGAAGGAUUUUGGCGUGAGCCCCUACGCCCGGCAGAUGAUUCCCAGCCUCCUGGAAGUGCCUGCCCGGCUGUGCUGCAUCUUGCUCCUGGAGCACCUGGGGAGGAAGUGGACCCUGGCUAUGACUCUCCUGCAAAGCUCCCUGGUGUGCUUGCUUGUCCUUCUCCUCCCACGAGGGAGGGCUCCCCCCACCCCACCCCGACGGGGGGAUGGGCCCAGACUCAGGUGGCCAUGUUGGCUGGCCACAGGGUUGAAGUUCACGGUGUUCUUGGUGAUCCUGUUGGGAGAGUUCAGCCUGGCCGGCUCAGUCACCCUGCUCCUCAUCUACACCGCCGAGCUCUUACCCACUGUGCUCAGGGCCACAGGUCUGGGGCUGGUGUCUCUGGCCUUUGCGGCUGGAGCCAUCUCGUCCCUGAGGAUCUCGCUCAUCAGCCAGACCCCCUCCAUCCUGCCUGCCAGUCUGUCCUGCGCCUUGGCUCUCCUGGCCUCAUACCUCUGCUUCCUGCUGCCGGAAACGCAAAAUCAGCCCCUCGCCGACAGAAUCAAGCACAUGUCCUCACAGUUAAGCUUACAGAAAAAGAUGAGCCAGGAAGACCCCUUGGAGACCCUCACUGAGGAUACGUCGUCUGAGGAUGUGAGCGAGGAGGCAGCCAAGAACGCGGUUCUCAAUACCAUGGUUCAGAAGGUGGACUCCGACAUCCUCGUCACCAUGCCACAGCAGCCCAGAAAGCGAGCCGACAGGCAGGACCCCUGA